AUGGCGCCCCCAAAAUUCAUGGGCCUCAGUGGCCGGCCGCUCUCCCUGGCCGUCUCGACUGUCGCCACCACGGGAUUCCUGCUCUUCGGAUACGACCAAGGAGUCAUGAGUGGAAUCAUCAGCGCCCCGCAGUUCGCUGAUGUCUUCGAGGAAACCCGAGACAACUCAACCAUGCAGGGCCUCGUCACUGCCAUCUACGAGAUCGGAUGCCUGAUAGGUGCAAUCUUCAUUCUGGCUGUCGGUGAUCUGCUGGGUAGACGGAAGGCAAUGAUCAUGGGAGGUGUCAUCAUGAUCCUCGGAACCAUUAUCCAGGUCACCUCAUACCCGGGCCACUCGCCACUGGCACAGUUUAUCAUCGGGCGAGUCGUGACGGGUGUUGGGAAUGGGAUGAACACGAGCACGAUCCCGACUUACCAAGCCGAAUGCAGUAGGACCUCAAAUCGAGGCCUCCUCAUCUGUAUCGAAGGUGGCAUCAUCGCAUUCGGCACCCUCAUCGCCUAUUGGAUUGACUACGGCUGCUCCUAUGGAAAUGCAGACCUGGCUUGGCGGUUUCCCAUUGCCUUCCAGAUCGUCUUCGGUCUCAUUCUGUGCAUCUGCAUGAUCUUCCUUCCGGAGAGCCCACGUUACCUUCUGACCCUCGAGAAAUACGAGGAUGCCAACCGGGUCAUUGCGGGUCUACGAGGGUAUGAGAUUGAUAGCCACGAGACUCAGCUAGAGCGUGACGUGAUUCUGGACUCUAUCAGAGCAUCUGGUUACGAGACGCAGAAGAGCACGCCGGUAAAGGCACUUUUCACCAAUGGGAAGACGCAACACUUCCGCCUCAUCUACUACUUCCCCAUCUUGUUCGAGACGUCCAUCACGCCAGGAAACCACCACUUGGCUUUGCUGAUGGGCGGUGUCAACAUGAUUGUAUACUCAAUCUUUGCAACCACGUCGUGGUUCCUCAUCGAGCGCGUUGGUCGCCGUAAGCUGUUCCUCUGGGGAACUGUUGGCCAGGGGCUCUCCAUGGUCAUCACAUUUUCGUGCCUCAUCCCUGGCACGUCAUCUGCGGCUAAGGGUGCUGCCGUCGGGCUGUUCACCUACAUUGCCUCGUUCGGUGCAACCUGGCUACCGCUUCCUUGGUUGUACCCCGCCGAGAUCAACCCUAUCAAGACGCGAGGCAAGGCUAAUGCCGUAUCAACAUGCACGAACUGGCUUUUCAACUUCCUCAUCGUAAUGGUGACUCCGAUCAUGAUAACCAACAUCGGCUGGGGUACCUACCUCUUCUUCGCCAUCGUCAACGCCUGCUUCCUUCCCGUUAUCUGGUUCUUCUACCCCGAGACCGCAAAGCGAAGUCUCGAGGAGAUCGACAUCAUUUUCGCCAAGGGCCAUGUCGAGAAAAUCUCCUACGUCCGGGCCGCGAAGGAACUGCCGCUGCUGUCCGACGAAGAGGUCGAGCAGGAGGCCCUCAAAUACGGCCUUAUAGACACCCUUGCUCGGGGCGCAAUGGGCGGUGCUGGACCGGGGGGCGUUCCCCAUGAGAAAGCUCUUAGCGAGAAGAGUGGGGAGGCGACUGGGAGUAGGGAGGAUGUUGCGAACUAG